CCCCCCCCGCCAGCAUGGCUUUCGACAGGAAGGACGAGGCGCUCUCCCCGGGCGCCCCGGACACCGCCAUCCCGGAGCCGCCUCCCAUCCACCCAUCCUUCAUCCAGGUAGCCAAGCCGUACAUCUUCGAGCAGACCAUCCAGAAAUGCAUCGCCGCCAUGGGCGUCAAUCCCCUGCGCGAGGAAUCGCUGCGCCUGCAGGGCGUCACCUGGAUCGACAACGUCCGCCGAGUCCUCUGCCUACCCAUCCGCACCUUCGACACGGCCGUGGUGUACUACCACAAGUUCCGACUCGUUCACCCCGACAACGAGUACAACUACAUGGACGCCGCAGCGGCAGCUCUCUUUACCGCCUGCAAGAUCGAGGACACGCUGAAGCGGUCCCGCGAGAUUGUCUGCGCCGCGUACAAUCUCAAGCAGCCUCCCCAGGAGCAAAUGGCCCCGGACAACCCGGUCUUCGAAGCGCACGCCCGAGGCAUCAUCGGCCUGGAAAGGCUCAUGCUGGAAGCAUCCGGCUUUGACUUCCGCACCCGUCACCCGCAAAAGACACUCGUCAAACUGGCCCGCCAGUACGGCCUGACGCUGCAGUCAGAGGUCUCCAACGUGGCAUACCGCAUCUCGCAGGAUCUGUACCGCACGUACGCGCCCAUCAAGCAAACCACCUCGACCAUGGCAUUCACGUGCCUAGAACUGGCAGGUCGGUUACUCGACCAGCGCAUCGAGGCCGUAGAGAAGGGCGUCGAUUAUGCGAAAUGGAAAACCAGUCGUGAGGAGGUCAUGGAAACCCUCCUCGACCUGCUAGAACUCUACACCCACAACCGCAGCCAAACCACCGUGGGCUCUCACUUCCCCGCCGACCGAUUCCUCACCGUCCGCAUCCCGCUGAACACCGAGGCCGAGGCCCAGAAAUUCCCGCGGUACACGCACUGGACCGCCGAGAGCAAGCCCACGAACGGGGAGAAAUCCGGCCCCGAUCCUACCGCUACCACGGCCACAGCCACGGCCACUGCUACCGCUAAACUCCACCCCCUCACCCCCGUCGCCGCGAACGGGGACAGACCCAAAGCCACCGAGAAGGGCCGCGACGGCGCCGUCCGCUUCAUGCUGGACCCGGAGUGCGCGGAUGCAGAGCGGGCCCACGUCACGGAGUACUUUAAGGUCGAGAUGGAAGAGUAUGAAGUUGAGGAAUGAGAGUCCCAGUUCUGACAUCGGACUAUUGCUGUAUUAUUCAGCGGAGUGGCGCUGAUGGUGCGGUUAAUGCAUCGGGUUGUGAUGUCUGUCACGUGUGCAUGGCGCUCACUAGAGUGAUUACUAUCAUCAUCACUAUCACUUCAUCACCACGCGCGCGUCAAGCAGCUCCCGGGGCGGGACCCAGUCAAGUCAAGCUAUGCACCAGGCAUGGCUGUCUACCGGUCUGUCGGUCGGUUCGUUCUUACUUCUGACGAACAGGUCGGUGUCCGCCACGCCUAAGUGGCAACAAAGACGGGCCUAGCUCUGGUGGUGCAGCAGCUUUCA